GCUCACUUUUGGUCGGGCCAGGACGCGGAGAGCAGCGCCGCCACCCUCCCUCGUCCCCCAUUCCCCAGUGGCACCGCGGCAGUCUCAAGGCACAGGUCGCACCUCAGGCGCCACCACCUCUCUGGUCCUGGUGGCCUGGCGCUGGUCGGACCUCUGCUGCUGUGACGAGGGGGCGGGCACGGCGGCGCUACUGCCGCAGACUGGCUAGCUGUGUUCGGGCGCGGCGCGGCGGACACAGUCUAGGGGGGCGGUGUAGUGACGGUGUGCGGUGGUUGAGGUGGUGUGGUGGUGGUGUGGUGGUGGUGGUGGGAUUGACAGUGACAGUACCUGUCGUGGGUGGCAGUGUGUGGGGAGCCGGGGCGGCGUCCAGAAGGCUCUGUGGGCAGGCGGUGCUCCUGCCAGGUGAGGGCGCGGCGUGGGCAUUAGCGGCAGCGCGGCAGUAGCAGUCAGCAUGGCGUCAGGCGCCCCGCAGGCCACGUCGCCGUGGCGGCGGAUGCUGGCGUGCCUGGGCACUAUCUCGGUGGAGCCCGUGAUGCUGUUGGACGGCCUGGGCUACUCCAACAUGGUGGUGCUGGUGGAGAACCUGCAGAUGGACAAGGUGUGCCAGGUGAACCUCAACUACAGCAGGGAGGUGUGUGACAACCUGACCCACCACCGUCAUGUGAAGGAGGCCAUGACGAAGGAGGUGAGCGUGUUCGCCAUGUACAACGGCAUCAUCAUGGCCGUCAUCCCGCUCUUCUUCAUCCUGUUCAUCGGCGCGUGGAGCGACAAGUAUGGCCGCAAGGUGCCCCUCGUGCUGUCCACCAUCGGCCACAGCCUGUACGCUCUCGGCUACCUAGUGGUGUCCAUGGUGGACGCCUGGCCCGUAGAGUACCUGCUGUUCGUGGCGCUGCUGGACUCCCUCGGGGGCGGCACCGUCAGCUUCCUGACGGCGGCCAACUCGUACAUCAGCGACGUGACCUCCGAGGAGACCCGCACGUCCCGCGUGGGCCUCGCCAACAGCAUCUGGUUUCUGGGCGGCCCCAUCGGCACCCUCAUGGGCACGUACAUCUACAAGGCGGGCGGCUACCCGGUGCUGUUCGGCACGUCCCUUGCCAUGUACAUCGUGUCCUUGACGUACAUGGCGCUGUUCCUGCCAGAGAGCCACGGACCCUUCGCCAACGUGCAGAAGCUGGAGAAGGUGCUGCCGCCCAAGCAGUCCCUGCGGCUGCGAGAGAGCGUGGCCUGGGUGUACGGCAUCGACAAGAAGAAGAAGGACCUGAUGAAUACCAAGAGCAUCGUGAAGCGCGCCAAGACCAUCACCAUCUCCAAGAUGGUGCGGGACUUCUUCGACCCGCGCAGGUUCCUGGACAGCAUCAGAAGCACGCUCAAAAAACGCGAGGGGAACGUGCGCCUCUAUAUCUUGCUGCUCAUCUUCUGCAAUCUGCUGCGGCGCCUGGGACGAGGCGCCUACAUGUACCAGUUCACCCGCACUGUCCUGGACUGGCAAGCGGACGACUACGGACUCUGGGUCACCUACAAGAACCUGCUGGCGGCGCUAGGUUCCCUCGCCGCCGUGCCCCUGCUGAGUGCCGUCCUAAAGGUGUCUGAUAAUGUGCUGGCUCUGGUCGGCGCCUUCUCCUCAGUGUUUGAUUACGUUUUCUAUGGCCUGGUGACUACAGAGACCUACUUCUUCAUCUGGCUAGCUCCGGUCGCCGCCCUGCUUGUCAACUCCUGCGCCAUCGCCAUCCGCCCAUGCUUUCCCAAAUACGUGGCUCCCGAUGAGUUGGGCAAGGUGUCGGCAGUGUUGGGAGCGCUGGACGGAGUGAUGCCAAUGAUCAGCUUCCCGCUCUACACUGUCGUCUACUACUCCACCAUCGAGAUCUUCCCUGGGGCACAGUUCUUCUUCGGAGGAUCAGCGAACCUCCUCAUGGCUUUAAUCUUUAUCCUCAUCAUGGUGUCGGACCGCAGCGCCAACUACAAUGUGGAGGAUGCAAUGCCACCGCCGCCCGAGGGACCCGUCAAGGAGAAGAGCCUGGUGAUCCGCAAGGACUCCCGGUGGCUGUACGACGAAGACACUGACACCAGCACCACCAAGAUCCGCCUGGCCACUAUCCUGCUCUCCAGCCUCAACUUCUCCAUUGAGGUGCCCAUGAUAGAGCAGUCCUUAGGCAAACCCCUCGAGACAAUCCAGGAGGAGCCAGAGGAGGAGGACGAGGAAAGUAGGCAGCAGCACUCCAAUAAUGUGAAUUCAACUGAAGAGCAGGUUUCGGAAUCUUACGACAAUGUGGCGUACGUUAAUGAUAGUAAACCGUAGUGUUCUUAGGCAUCUAGUUUGUAUUAUAGUACUUAGGGUUGUGUUGUAGGUUAGAUGGCCACUUGUUUAAUGAAGUUGUGUGCUGUGGGAGAUUCCAGGGUCCCUUGUAGUUGUGGACAUUGUUUUGUGUGUCCAUUGGCUACAUGAGACUCCUCUUUGGGUCAUCUCUGCCAGUCUGUCAUGUCAUAGUUGAUAGCAUUUCCACUCCCCCUCCCUUCAAAUUCUCCUUGUACAGCAGCAGCAGCUUCAUGGAGAGUGGUCUUCAGUGCGGAUACAGCAGUGAGCAUCUCCAUGUCAUUAGAUCCCCUAACCGUGGUGCUGACCAGCUUCAGGUUAGGCAGGUAGUGAGUGUACAUACUGGCUGGUUAUAAGGUAGUGUUAGUUCAGGACUCUGGUGUUGGUUUUCAUGAGGAUGAUGAAUCAGAGUGAAAGGACCUGUGAAAGGAAUUGGAGAGGAAUGUAUGCAGGCUUGUCUGGUGGUGUUUUUUUGUGAGGAUGAAGAAUCUGAGUGAAAGGAGAGAUGAAAGGAAUUAGAGAGGAAUGUAUGCAGGCUUGUUGUAGCAGCUCCUUGAUGUUUUUAAUUAGAUAUGAAAGGUGUACAAAGUUUGUGAGAAAGACCAAGAGUAUGUUGUGAUAUUCAUAAGUGCUUAAUUGUCAGUUGUGAUUGGUAAUGAUUGACUAAAUGUGAAAAUACUUGCUGUGUGAUGAGUGUAGGUUCUCUCAGCAUCCAACUGAUAGUAAAGAGUAUGAGUAAGUGAUGGGUCAUUAUGUAGCUAUUUUCAAUUGUUGCAUCAAGAAGUUGUCAGGACAGCAAUGUAUAUCUGUUGCUGUAAGUGCAGGUCCAUUGUUCAUUCAUUGCCAAGAAUGUUGAAGGCCCAUAUGAGCUGCAUUACAUGGCUGUGGCUGUAAAAGUCAGUGCAAUUCUUGUAAACUAUUAGCUUGUUAAAAAAAUUUUAGUAUUUAAGUGUUACAUAAAUAUUUAAUUGAGUGACAAAAUUCAGAAGAGGAUUCAUAAAUUUCUAAUAUAAUCACUAUAAUGGUGGUCAAGACUGAUGUAAGCAGUGGUAAAGUAACUUGUGUAUGGUUUGAGCAGGACUUCCAUUUGUUAUUGUGAUGAAUGAGUAUUAGCAUCUUGCCACACCUCUUGCCUUGAAUGACUGCAGGAAGUCCAGUCCUGCAGGUCAACUCGUACUUGAGAUGCAGGGCAAGGCAGGUUCAAACAGGUUACCUUCCAUGUAUGGUGGUUUGUUUCAUCAUAGCAAGUCAGUAAAACUACUUUUUCUCUUUAGAGGAGGAUUUUGAAACUACAGAAUUUAACAUUGUACAAUAAGUCAUCUUAGUAGUCAUUUUCUGUAUUUUGAUUAUUGUAAUUUAUUUGAUACAGUGUUCAGUGGUAAAGCUAUGAAAACUGGAGAUCAUCUUUCAUAAAGGAAACUUUGCAGUUCUGGUCUUGUAAAGAAAUUUGCACUGCAUAUAUCAAAAAUAAUGUAUAGGAUUAGUAAAUCAGUCUCAACUCAACAUUAAUGGUGGGUAGUUACAGUGUGUCAAGCUGUUGUCCACAAAGCCUCAAGGAUCAUGGUAAAAUCCUUUGUAUUACACAUGAGCAACUGUGCUCCAGAGAAGAAUGUUUUCUUCUCACUGCCAUUUCCUGGUAGGCAUCAUUCAAUCAGUCCUUGAGAACAUUUGGCAUAUUUUCAAAAGACAACUUGAAACUACCAGUCACUGAUGAUGUGUCUGAGAAGAGUGCUUUAUUUACCUAUUCUGUCAACUGAGAAGUCAAGUGCUCCUCUUUGCCAGACCUCUGCUCCCUUUCUCAUGGAUUACAUGCGACUGGUUUGUUUAUCUGAUUUCAUUCUGUUAUUAAUGUAUGACUUCAAAAAUAUUGUCUCAUGGAUAAAAUUACUGAUUCUAAAUAAUUGUUAGAGGGAGGUGGGGGUAGCAUAAAAGAGAGACAGUAGAAUGAAUGACUGGUUUGUAAACUGUGGAUCUGUGAGCUGAGAUCAGGAUGGGAGAGAGAGAGAGAGAGAGAGAGAGAGAGAGAGAGAGAGAGAGAGAGAGAGAGAGAGAGAGAGAGAGAUAAUUAUGUAGAGGGGGAGGCUGUGGUGUCAACCGUGUAUGUCGACAUACUGUGGGGGACAUCCUGUGAGCCUGUAGUGUGGUGUAGAGAGAGAGAGAGAGAGAGAGAGAGAGAGAGAGAGAGAGAGAGAGAGAGAGAGAGAGAGAGAGAGAGAGAGAGAGAGAGAGAGAGAGAGAGAGAGAGAGAGAGAGAGGAUUCAGUGGUUAGUUAACAUCCUGUUCUGUAAGUGGAUAUUAUGAGUGAUAAAUAGCCAGACAGGAUCAAACACUUUCAACUGUAUGAUUGUGCAAUGUAUAUCAGCUAUUGUUCAGACACAUAUGGAUAAUAUCAAUUGAAUCAAGAGAUGAGGAAAGAGAGUAUAUUAAAACUAAUUAACCUGCUAGAGAGAGAGAGAGAGAGAGAGAGAGAGAGAGAGAGAGAAUCUAUGAAACCAUUCUGUGUCUGGGGAUUGACAACACUGCAUACUCUCUGCACACCUAUACAGUUGAGAGCAUUCACCAUUGUCUGCUUGAUCAUCACUCCUGAAGUAUCCACCUCACCUCUUGACUAAACAUUCAUCCAUGAGAUUUCACCUUUGAAUACAUGCAUCAGUACUUGCAGAUGGUCAAGAAUGAGUGUGGGAGCCAGUCACAUACAGCCCAUGAAGAAUGGGACACAGUGCUGCAAAUGGGAGCCUCAUUCCUCAGCUGAAAGUAAACAGUAUGUUGAGUUUUGCAUUACAUGACUCUGCAGUCUACAAUGUACUGGCAUUGUAUGUAGCAAGAGUUGUGUGACACAGUGAACACCAAAGCAAGGUGGAACCUGCACAGAGUUUGUCUCAAGUUGCUGAUGUAGCAGCAGUUUUCACCUUACCUUUACCUUAAUGGUUUGUUUGUUAAGGUGUUCAGUCCUGAAUUGUGAUGCAUUUUCAGCUGUCCUGUAUAAUUGUAUGUAAGGUUUUAAUAGUGGGUCAAAUUUAUGUACAUACUCAUUAAUUUACAGUGUAUGUAAUAAAAAUCCUAUUUUCA